GGUCCGUGGAGUCUGAGGACGCCAAGGCAAGCUCUGGUAGUAUGUGUGGCAGCAGCACUUUUCUUUCCGGAGAGCGGUACUAGUGAGGCUCUGAGCUGCUUCACGAAGUGACCUUAGUUUAGCCCUCUGCUAGUUUGUCGGAGAUCCCUCUCCUGAGCGUUGGAGGGCACGGGCUGGUCCGGGGCAGGAGGAGCUCCGGGCUGCGAAGUCAGGACCGGAGGAGAUGCCCCUCCACGUGAAGUGGCCGUUCCCCGCGGUGCCCCGGCUCACCUGGACCAUAGCCAGCAGCGUCGUCAUGGGCCUGGUGGGCACCUACAGCUGCUUCUGGACCAAGUACAUGAACCAACUCACCGUGCACAACAAGGAAGUGCUGUAUGAGCUCAUUGAGAACCGAGACCCUGCCACCCCCCUCAUCACGGUCUCCAACCACCAAUCCUGCAUGGAUGACCCUCAUCUCUGGGGGAUCCUGAAACUCCGCCACAUCUGGAACCUGAAGUUGAUGCGUUGGACCCCAGCAGCUGCAGACAUCUGUUUCACCAAGGAGCUGCACUCCCAUUUCUUCAGCUUGGGCAAAUGUGUGCCUGUAUGUCGAGGAGAUGGUGUCUACCAGAAAGGGAUGGACUUCAUUUUGGAGAAGCUUAACCAUGGGGACUGGGUACACAUCUUUCCAGAAGGGAAAGUAAACAUGAGUUCUGAGUUUCUGCGCUUCAAGUGGGUAGGAAUUGGACGGCUGAUUGCUGAGUGUCAUCUAAACCCCAUCAUCCUGCCACUAUGGCAUGUUGGAAUGAAUGACGUCCUCCCUAAUAGCCCACCCUACUUCCCCCGAUUUGGACAGAAAAUCACCGUGCUGAUUGGAAAGCCCUUCAGUGCACUCCCUGUGCUUGAGCGGCUCCGGGCAGAAAACAAGUCAGCUGUGGAGAUGCGGAAAGCCCUCACUGACUUCAUUCAAGAGGAAUUCCAGCGGCUGAAGAUGCAGGCGGAACAGCUCCACAACCACUUCCAGCCUGGAAGAUAGACUUUUCCUGCCCAGUCUGUGCCCUGAAGUCCUUAGCCAGGGGAGUACUGGAACCUCCAGGGUUUGGGAAGUAGUGGUGCAGGACCCUGUCCAAGCCUGCUUGACUCUGUACUGCCUUUGAGAUUCUUCCCUGCACAAAACUGAGGCUGGAAGAUGAACUGAUGCUUUUAACUCAGAUAGAUUGGCAUAUAAUCCCUGCUGGGUACUCUUUUUUGUUUGUUUUGAGACAGGGUGUCUCUGACUGUCCUGAAAUUCUGUUUGUAGACCAGGUUGGCCUCAGACCACAGAGAUCCACCUGCCUCUGCCUCCCAAGUGUUGGGAUUAAAGGUGUUCACCACCAUUGCUCAGCCUGGAUACUCUUUCUUAUCCUUGAGCAUCUGACUCCUCUUGGUCUCUUGGAAUAAAAGAAGAGCCUUGGCUGUUCCUCACACUUGGCAGAGAAGGGAGGAAGACUCUUAGGCAGGGGCUAGUAUUGGAAGGGAGCAAAGCAGGCACUUGAGCAACUAAUAGGAGAAUAGGUGUCCCGGCCAUAAAUACAGAAAGAGAACCCAAAUGGCCCCUUGGAUGGGCUACCACCACUUGCCUACCUUUGCCCAGGGGCUGCUUACAACAUCCUCAGGGAAGGCUGUCAUUCUUCCACCUGAGCUUCUCCCACAGCAAAGUUUAUCCUUGGGUGGCCUCCAAACAAGAGUUCUGUUAGAGGGCAGAAAAAGGGCCCCCAAGACCUGAACAUGAACUCCUCACAUCAGGGCCUAUAUACUUCUCUAACCUUUUUGCCUUGACAUCCCCUAUGUCCUGAGAUCUGGGUUUUCAUGUUUUUAGAGUAAUAAAAUAUUUGUGUUAUGCCACUAUA